AUGGCACCCAAUCCCGUCCCCUCCACCUCCACCCGGCAACCGCUCAAACUCCUCAUGCUCCACGGCUACACCCAGUCGGGGCCUCUCUUCCACGCGAAAAGCCGUGCCCUGACCAAACACAUUCAGAAGACCCUGCCGCUCCACGAAGUCUCCGCCAUCUAUCCAACUGCCCCGCUCCAGCUCAAACCCAGCGAUAUCCCAGGCUACGAACCUUCCGACUCCGGCGUCCCAGACGAAGACAUCGAAGCAUACGGUUGGUGGCGCCGCUCGAAUAGCGCCAACCCGCCCCUGUAUACAGGAAUUGAAGAAGGCCUUGCGACUGUCGCGAAGGUGCUCCACGAAGAAGGCCCCUUCGAUGGCAUAAUCGGGUUCUCGCAAGGCGCUGCGCUGGCGGCUAUGGUUGUGGGGUUACUCGAGCCGGGGCGGAAGGAUGUCUUUGCGCAAUUUGCCAAGGACGAGGUUGAUGGUGCGGCGGGGAUGCCGUUCCCCAGUGCCUUUGAAGCGUCGGGAUUCGAGCACCCGCCGUUGAAGUUUGCGAUUUGUUAUAGUGGGUUCCGGGCGCCGGGCCCGCGGUAUCGGGGAUUCUAUGAGAACCCGGCUAUCCAGACGCCUGUGCUGCAUGUUUUAGGCUCUUUGGAUGCGGUUGUUGAGGACAGUCGGAGUCGGGCUUUGGUUGAUGCUUGUGCUGGAAAUCCUGGGAAGGAUGGUCUGGUUAUUUGGCAUCCUGGUGGUCACUUCUUACCGAGCCAGAGGCCUUUCUUGGAUGCUGCGGUGCGGUUCAUCCAGGAGCAGUUAAAGAAGGGCCAUGGUGAUGCAAAAGAGGAAGAGGAAGAUGUGAAUGAUAUGGAUGUGCCAUUCUAG